AUGGCCGCUGUGGAAACUGGAGGUGGAGAACAAUUUGAUUUUGAUACCAGCAGUCUUUUAUCUUUAACUACAGGAGUGAAAUAUGAAGACCCAAGGUUUCAUCUAAAUUUAGUUCAGAAGAAAGAAUUUCCUUCGGAACGUCCAAUCAUACCUUCAACAAAAUUUGAGAGGCUGACUUUCUUUAGAGGGUACACGUCAUCGCAGUCCAAAACAGAGAUAGUUGCUUCUCACCAUGUUGAGUUAAAUAGUUUUCUUUGGUUUUACGCCUUCAACGUGUUCUUCAAGAGCUUACCUCAUGGAUUCGUUCACUUUUUCCUUGCAUCCUAUGCACCGGAGGAGCACAGUUUUAUCGCUAAAAUGGUGCCAUUCUCCAUAGGUUUAAAGUAUUUGUUCAUUAUAACUGGAUUCUUGGAACUCAUGCUGGCUGUAGACGUACUGGUUUUGAUGUUUCACUACACUACUUUCGGGAUUAUUGCGAAAAAUCCAUGGAACAGGUAUCUACAAGUCAUUAUUUUGGUCAAUAUUAUCCUUCGAAAAAUUGAUGCAGCUGAUCUUGAAAUGCUUGCUGAGUCAAUCACAGCGCCCUCAGUAGUUCAUAUAUUAGCAGCUAGAAGCGAGCAAAAGAUUAAUCCAGCGCAAGACAGCACUGCUAUGGUAGUAUCAAAUGCAUUAAUAUACAUCUUCAAAGGCUUGCUUAGCGUGAAAGUAAAAAUUAACUGUGAGGAUGUAAUUAAUACCUACUUGCCACCCAUAACAUUCAAUGAACACAGUUGGUUCUACCUGUGGCCGAUGUUAUUCCAACAGUUCUAUUUGGGCGACAUAUUCAGUGUUCUUUACACCGUAUUCAAUAUGGUUACCGAUAUAUGUAUUAUUAUGGUGACAAAUCUAUGCGUCAUUGAAACAAUUGUCUAUGAGUGGCCCAAAUUCAAGCGAUGGAGUGCUACUAUUGUAAUUUCCAUUACUGGAAUUAUCAUGUACUGCAUCACGACUAUUGAUACUCGAGCUAUUCUAUGGGUUUACGCAAAAGGUAUAGCGACUGUUGGUGAAAUAGUAUUCCUAUAUCUGUGGUAUCCAGUAGGAAGACUUAUAGACGAUUUCACCUUCCACUACGGUACCCCGCCAACUCAACUGAGAAUAUUGAGCUUACGGCUUGUACCCAUUUAUUAUAUUACAUGGAACCUCAUUAUGCGUCCAGUACCGAAAUGGGGGCCACGUGAUUUUACUAUCAGACAGUUAAGAAAGCAAUUCGAUUCGAGAUACUUUAUUGCUUCAGAUGUUCCUAGACUAUUGAGUCAUUAUCUCUUAUCAAAAAGGGAGACCAAGGUUUAUAAAGUAGAUGUUCGUUACGACGUCCAAAGAAGGUCUACGGUCAAUAAAGCAGUCGGUUUUGGAAUAACAUCUAUGUCAGAUAAACGAAGAUCUCAAACGAACAAAAUAUCUUGA